UGUAGUGGAAGCAGAGCAACAACAGUGUAUGAAUCGGCUUGUCUGCCAGGAAACGGUUUCUCGUGAGCUAACACCGAUGGACAACGCCCAGGAACGACACAACCCCACAAGGAAUAAAUAAACGAGACGACAAGGCUUUGUUCCUUAUCCGUGUGGACCCUUCACCUAUGAUGGAACGGGCGAUGGAGCAGCUUAACGUACAGCUCAACCGGCUGACCCGUUCCCUCCGCCGGGCCAGGACCGUGGAACUCCCGGAAGAUAAUGAAACUGCUGUGUACACACUGAUGCCUAUGGUCAUGGCUGACCAGCAUAGGUCAGUGUCAGAGUUACUGCUCAACUCCAAGUUUGAUGUAAACUACGCCUUCGGACGGGUCAAGAGAAGUCUGCUGCACAUUGCUGCCAACUGUGGGUCGGUGGAGUGUCUGGUUCUGCUGCUGAAGAGAGGAGCCAACCCAAACUACCAAGACAUCUCAGGCUGUACCCCUCUGCACCUUGCUGCUAGGAAUGGACAGAAAAAGUGUAUGGGCAAACUACUGGAAUAUAAUGCUGAUGUCAAUAUCUGCAACAAUGAAGGACUGACUGCUAUCCACUGGUUAGCAGUAAAUGGGCGAACAGAGCUUCUUCAUGAUCUGGUCCAGCAUGUGUCCAAUGUUGAUGUGGAAGAUGCCAUGGGGCAGACUGCCUUACAUGUAGCCUGUCAGAAUGGACACAAAACAACAGUGUUGUGUCUUCUCGACAGUGGAGCUGAUAUCAACCGGCCAAAUGUCUCUGGAGCCACACCUCUUUACUUUGCCUGCAGUCAUGGUCAAAGAGACACAGCACAGAUCCUGCUAUCUCGAGGUGCCAAAUAUCUUGCUGACAAGAAUGGAAUCACUCCUCUGGAUCUCUGUGUGCAGGGUGGAUAUGGGGAGACCUGUGAAAUUCUCAUCCAGCACCAUACCAGACUGUUCCAGACCCUCAUCCAAAUGACACAGAAUGAUGAUAUUAAAGAGAACAUGCUCAGGCAGGUUCUGGAGCAUGUCUCUCAGCAGAGUGACAGUCAUUACCAGAGGAUCUUGACCAGUCUUGGUGAAGUGGCUACCACAAAUGGACACAAGCUUCUAAGCCUGUCCAGCAACUAUGAAGCUCAGAUGAAAAGUCUGCUGAGAAUUGUUCGUAUUUUCUGCCAUGUGUUUCGCCUGGGGCCUUCAUCACCUAACAAUGGCAACGACAUGGGCUACAAUGGCAACAAGACACCUCGCAGCCAGGUCUUUAAGCCAUUGGAGUUGCUGUGGCACUCCCUGGACGAGUGGCUGGUGCUCAUCUCCACAGAGCUGGACAGGAACAGGAAGAACCCAUCUUCUUCCUCCUCCAGCAGUGAGAUAGCCUCUCUGCUUUUUAAACAGCGUGAGUCUGACCACUCUGCUGCCACACCAAAGCUUCCCUCCUUGCUGGACCAUCACAUCGUCAUGGAGGCAGAGACAUAUGCUGACGGAGAGGAUGUCAUCUCCAUGACAGCCAAUCGACUCAGUGCUGUUAUCCAGGCCUUCUACAUGUGCUGCUCCUCUCAGAUGCCACAAGGAAUGACAUCCCCCCGCUUCAUUGAGUUUGUCUGCAAGCAUGAUGAGGUGCUGAAGUGUUUUGUGAACAGGAAUCCAAAGAUAAUCUUUAACCACUUCCACUUUCUUCUGGAGUGUCCUGAGUUGAUGUCACGCUUCAUGCAUAUAAUUAAGGGCCAACCCUUUAAGGAUCGCUCUGAGUGGUUCUAUGAGCAUCUGCUGGCCAGCCAGCCAGAUUCAGACAUGGUUCAUCGUCCAGUCAGUGAGAGUGACAUCCUGCUCAUCCACAGAGACUCCAUAUUUAGGAGUAGCUGUGAGAUGGUUUCCAAGUCCACCAAUGAGAAACUCAAACAGGGCAUUGCUGUUCGCUUCCAUGGUGAGGAGGGCAUGGGCCAGGGUGUGGUUCGGGAGUGGUUUGACAUCUUAUCCAAUGAGAUCAUCAACCCAGACUAUGCUCUGUUCACUCAGUCAGCUGAUGGAACAACUUUUCAGCCCAACAGCAACUCCUCAGUAAAUCCAGACCAUCUGAACUACUUCCGUUUCGCAGGUCAGAUUCUGGGUCUGGCUCUGUACCACCGACAGCUGGUCAACAUCUACUUCACUCGUUCAUUCUACAAACACAUACUGGGUAUCCCAGUGAACUACCAGGACGUGUCGUCUAUCGAUCCAGAGUAUGCUAAAAAUCUGCAGUGGAUUCUGGACAACGACAUAAGUGAUCUGGGUUUAGAGCUCACCUUCUCUGUCGAAACAGAUGUGUUUGGGGCGAUGGAGGAAGUGCCACUUAAACCUGGAGGGAUCAGCAUCCUGGUCACCCAGGACAACAAGGCUGAGUAUGUCCAGCUGGUGACGGAGCUGAGGAUGACGCGAGCCAUCCAGCCUCAGAUAAACGCUUUCCUACGAGGAUUCCACACCUUCAUCCCCCCGUCACUCAUUCAGCUUUUUGAUGAAUAUGAAUUGGAACUCCUGCUGUCGGGGAUGCCAGAGAUCGAUGUGCAAGAUUGGUGCAGGAACACUGAGUACACCAGUGGCUAUGACCCUCAGGAGCCAGUCAUCCAGUGGUUCUGGGAAGUGGUAAAGAGCUUGACCCAGGAGGAACGGGUUCUUCUGCUUCAGUUUGUCACCGGAAGUUCCAGAGUUCCUCAUGGUGGCUUUGCUUACUUGAUGGGUGGCAGCGGUUUACAGAAAUUCACCGUUGCUGCAGUACCAUACACCUCUAAUCUACUGCCUACCUCCAGUACCUGUAUCAACAUGCUGAAACUCCCAGAAUAUCCAAGCAAAGAGGUCUUGAAAGAUCGGUUGCUGGUAGCGCUGCAUUGUGGUAGCUACGGGUACACCAUGGCGUAAACGUCCUAUCAGCCCCUGCAGCUGUGACAGUCUGCGGAGUCAUGCAACUCCCACCUCCUCCUUCUUUAUAGACCCUUUUUGUAGUCAGAAGCUGCUUUUGCUGGACAAAUAAAGAAAAUCCAAAAUCUUUUUGAAGAGCUGCUGGAGAAGCACAACAGACUGAGCAGAGACCCCAGGUUCUAGUUCUGCACUUAUACUUUCUUAAUGGAAGCUGGUAUCUGGUAAUUUCUGCAAUUUCUGCAAAUAAUAAAUAUGUAACAGAAUUUAUACCGUGAGUACUCUAUUUAAAAGACACAAUAAUAUUCCUAAUAAAGUGCAGGCCUACUGAAUGCCACAUAUCGAUUCUGUUUAAGGAGCUCUCCAAUGGAAGUGUAGAAUUGAUCAGUUUUGAACAUGCUAUCAAACAUAUCAGGAAUAAGAUACAGGUAUAUCAAACUGAUAUCAUGGAGCAAAUCUAUAUUUAGUUUUUGCCUUGCCUCUUGCCUUCUGUGUCCAUUUCCCUAUUUUACCAUUUCUUGAUCUUUGGGGUCAGUAGCUCUUGUCUGAACUACUCAAACGACUUACUGUCAGGGUCCAGUAAGAGACCAGUGCCAAUGUGAUACCUAAGUGUUUUGACACCUUAUUUCAUUGUGGAGAAACCAAAAUCUUUAAUUUUGUUAAAAUACAGUAAGAACAAUAACUACAUAGGUAAAAUAAUGCCAACAGCCUUAUGUUCCAGCCAUAUAUGGGAGAUGCCGUUCCAAAACGAUAGAAGAACCUCCACUCUUCUGGUUUCAGGCCAUCCAGUAGUAGUACCAGAUUGUAGUCUGUAUUUGUGUUCAUCCCAAAGUUGUUGGAUGGGGUCACGGUCAUGGCUCUGUGCAGGCCAGUCCAGUUCUUACAAAGAAAACCAGGAAAAUCACUCUAGAUACCCCUGGCUUUGUCUAUUUGUUGAGGUUAUUUUAACACCUGCUAAGUCACCAGCAACUCCUGUACAUGCACUGCUGUUUUUAUAUAAGGGAGAAUAUCAAGCUGCAAUUAGCUGUAUGCCUCCAGAUUUGGUGGCUGCAAAUGACCAGUCCAAUUACUCUGUUGGAGUUGACUUGACAUAACCGUAUCAAAUGCUGGAGCCCACUAGAGCUGGUACUAUGUCAUGACAUCUAAAUUGCACCUUCAGCUUCAUUCUCUUCAGUUGUACACUUUCACCCUUUUAGUAUGAAACUGUGAAAUGCUUGCCAAACAUAUAGAACUUAGGCUUCCUUUUAUUUCACUUUAUUAAAUAGCUGCAAGGAUUGAUUGUAUUUUACCUUUUUUUGAUGAAAUAUUAAAAGUCUUUAAUGUUUCAUUGCAAAAUAAAAUUAUCUACCACGAGCAGUGUAUUUGGAUUAAAGCCUGGUGUAAUAUUGUGUUUUAGGUCUUCACAGUGCUUCAACUUUUUUUCACCUACUUUCAAUGGCUGGCUUCAUGCAAAUUGCUAAACAUAAAUAAUCAAAAUAAAGAUGCAAAGCAAAAGAGAUACCUGGCCCUGGUACUGACAAACACGGCACUAAUCAAUAGCAGUAAAGACAUUGUCAGUGGCCAACAAUUUACGUUUGCUGGAGAACAGCAGUAAAAGGGGUGCUAUCACUGCAGGAAAGCAAGUAUUUUUUUCUUUUUUCUUUUUUCUUUUUUUUUUUUUUAAAUUUGCGUGAUUGCAUUUAUGAACAAAUACAUAAACACAUUAAAUAAAAGCCAAGUACAGCUGUUUAUUGAUUUUUAAGCUUUAAGGUUUUAUUUCAGUUGUAUUUCAGGCUGGACUUAUCUAGCUGUGAUGGAAAGUGUUUGCAAAGGAAAAACUGUUCACAAACACAUUGAUGUGCGUAGUGGACAUACUUUCUGGCAAAGGUGUUUUUCAUUUGUCAACACAGCUGCCUGAACACACCCCUCCAUUGCUGUAUCUCUUUUGAAGUGACUUGCUGUUUUUUUGUAUUUCAUGAAUGAAUAAUCUUCUUUAAUGAUAGCCUUCUGUUUGUAUUUGUCCUUGUUUCAAAGAAUUUUACAAGGAACAAAAUAUAUUUUGUCAUGAUAAAGGGGAUGGGGGUAACAUCAUGAAUGUAUCACACAAACUUCUUGCAUAGUUGUCCUUCUUUCCAUUUUAAAAGGGAGUAUAAACAUUAAUUUAAUAUUUUGUCAUAUUUGCCAGUAUUGCUCAUCUGAAAUGCUUUUGUAAGCAGAUGUUAAUGUUUUAUUGUAAUUGCAGCCUUUAUACAUUCUACUGUAAAUGUUUGCAGUAUUAAUUGAUGUAUUUUACCAUGAAAUAUAACUUAUGCAUUCAAAUUUUACCAAAUAAAGUGUGUUUUGAUACUCCAA